ACAUACAAUAUUGACCAAUCAAUUUGCGUUUUACAUUUAGACCGAAGUAAUAAUCAAAAACAGGAAACGAAAUAAAAAAUUGUAAAAAUGCACAGUGUGGAUAAAUGGAUAGAAAUUGCAAAAGAAUGCAAAUAUCUUCCAGAAAAUGACUUAAAGAGAUUAUGUGAUAUGGUGUGUGAGUUAUUGCUGGAGGAGUCCAAUGUGCAGCCAGUAUCAACACCAGUCACAGUAUGUGGAGAUAUACAUGGCCAGUUCUAUGAUUUGAUGGAGCUGUUCAGAACAGGUGGACAGAUGCCAGAUACAAAUUACAUUUUCAUGGGAGAUUUUGUAGACAGAGGCUACUACAGCUUGGAAACUUUUACAUUACUACUCACAUUGAAGGCAAAAUGGCCAGACAAGAUAGUUCUUCUACGAGGAAAUCAUGAAAGCAGACAGAUUACACAGAUUUAUGGUUUCUAUGAUGAGUGUCAAACAAAAUAUGGAAAUGCCAAUGCCUGGAGAUAUUGUUGCAAAGUGUUUGAUUUACUCACAGUAGCUGCUAUUAUAGAUGAAUGUAUAUUGUGUGUACAUGGAGGUCUGUCACCUGACUUGAAAACUAUAGACCAGAUCAGAACUAUAGAGAGGGCUCAAGAAAUUCCACACAAAGGCGCUUUUUGUGAUAUCCUUUAUAGCAACCCCGAAGAAGUUGAUACUUGGGCUGAGUUCCCAGGGGAGGAUGGUUUUUGGGGGGCCCCAAAGGUUGUGUUUCAGUUUGUUCACAUCAAUGGUCUAAAGUUGAUAUGUCGGGCACAUCAGUUAGUACAUGAAGGUUUUAAGUACAUGUUUGAUGAAAAACUGGUUACAAUUUGGUCAGCACCAAACUAUUGUUACAGAUGUGGAAAUAUUGCCACGGUCAUAGACUUUAAAGAUGCAGAUAAUCGUGAAGCUAAGCUAUUUAAAGCUGUACCCGACAAUGAACGUGUGAUACCUUCACGUACCACAACGCCAUAUUUUCUUUGAUAUAUAGCGAGAAGAGAACUAUUGUAGAGUAUUUUAGUUUUUGAAAAUAUGUGUUUUUUAUGUAAAUAGGCUGUAUCAUAACAAAAUUGUUGAGAGUUUGUUUUAACAUAAUUGUGAUGACCAUAGUUAAGUAACAGUGUGCACAAUUUUUGUUGAUGUCAUAAUUUUGGGUACGCAAGGUUUAAUGAAAGUGAAACAACAAUAUUUCGUUACAUGUAUAUGUGGAAAAUAUUAUAAAAUAUUAUAGUAUAUGGUACAGUGCAGGAAUUGAAAAGAUUUACUCCGGAAAUUAAGUUUAUUUUGGGUUUUCCCAGGUAAUCCCAGGGGUGCAAAAAAACUUUUAACAGUUUCAGCUAUUGAAAAUAAGUGUAACAGGUAAACUAAUCUAUUGUGAGCAUGAAGCUUCAAUGGUAAAAGUUUAUUUGUACUGGGGGAUUACCUUGGAUAACCCAUAUUUGUGGAGUUAUUUGUGAGAAAUUGAUAGUAAAAAGGGUAUAUUUAUUACUUCAAAACUGAUUUAAUUGGGUCAUUUUCAAUAGUCAUUUUCAAUACUUUAUUUAAAAUCUUUGAUAAAAUUCUCAUUUGAAACAGACGUGCCAAAAAUGGUUAUUGUUAUAACAUGUUUAAGGGAUUUUAUCAAUAGAUAAAGACAAUGUUUUCAUAUUUGUAAUUUAUCUGGGCAUCAUGUAGAUGACCAAAUUAUGAGCAAAACUCUGCUUAGAUUCCCAUUAAUUUCCCUUCAACAUUUUCAUAUUUCUUUGUUUAUCAUUCAAAAGCAAACGGACAAAACUGUGCUCAGUUAAUUCAUUUCAUAGUGAUUAUUUUAAAUUUUAUCAUUUUAAAAAUUAUUAUCUGUUUUUGUUUGAUAAGUGACUAGAAAUUUUCUUUUAAUUGACACUAGAGCCCUCAAAAACAAUUAUUUUUUUAAGUUGUGAUUUCAUAUUAAUUAUUAAGUAUAUAUUUUCUCUUUUUACCAGAGAUUAUGCGAAAUUGAUAUGCCAUUAUUUUUCUAAAGAUGUCUAUGAACAUGAAGUGAGCAACUAAUUUUCUCUAGGCAUUCUGUAAUGAUUUUGCAGAACUUACACAAUAAAGCUGUAAUACAGGGAAGUUUUAAAUAAAAUUUGUGAUAUAUGAAUGGAACACAAAGAAUAAAAUUAAAUUAAAAAUCAAGCGUUACCCUAUUAUAAUAAGAUAAUUUCCCCAGAUUAAAUUUUUCAAAAUAAUUGACAUUUGAUAUGUAAAUGUUAAACAAUUUAUUAUACAUUUUGUAUUUAUAAUUAGUAAAACAGAAACAAAACAUAGUUCAAUAAGAAGUUAUUAUUUUCUGAUGCGAAUGUUGAUGUGUUAGAUGAUGAUGUAAAUAUUUAACAAAUGAAUAUGAACUCUGAAAUAAAAGAAGUAAAUUCAUAAA